UACCUAAAAGCGACAGCUUCCCAUCGGCUAGAGAAGGCGAGGCCGAGCGACAGAUCAAGAGGUUGUAUUGUACUGUGUCCAAUGGCCAGUUGGAUCAGCGAAGGUCCACGGAUCUAACGCCAAACUUAUCCUGGAACUAUCCUGAACACCAGACGAAGACCGUUUUUCUUUCACAAGCAAAAGAACAAACCUUCGUUUUUAAAACAGUCUCUUCAUCGCUGCUAGACGUAUCAAUACACUAAGAACAUGAGGCCGUCCAGCCUGAUAACGGUACUCGUUACGUUAGCCUCUCUCUACAUCUUCACUGUUCAGGCCCUUCCCCAGUGGAGACCUCAGGGAAGGUUCGGUAAGAGGCUAGAUCCCGAACUAGACGUCCUCGCACAACUACAUUCAGAUGAUGAAAACACAAGUGGAGACACCGAGAGAACCAGAGAUUUACUUCAAAAUCUGCUCGAUGGCUUUCCAAGUAGCUUAUGCUUCCGUUUAACAGGUGGCAAACUGCGGUGUCUCAGACAAAGACGAGCGAGGUCAGCGUCCACCAGUAGAAUCCUCACACCCGGAUCAACAGUAAUGUGAUCCCAGUCUACUGGCACACAGCCUUAAUGCACAUUAUGCAUUAAAGUGUACAUCAAUGCCUGAACGAUCUCCUCCUUUGUUACUUGCCUAUCUGUGACUUUACUAACGCUCUGAACGAAUCUAAUGUGAUACCUCCCGUAUUCUUUGCAAACCUUCAUCAUAACCGAGUGCCGUGAUCACAUCAAUGACGUCUAAUACGGAAAGACGAGACAAGCCUUCUCUUACAUCAAAGUUUACUCUAUUAGAUAUUCAGUCUGUGGUUAACAUAUCACGUCCAUCUUGUAACGGUCACAAUUUAGGCCAGGGAAUAGUCUGCGACCUUGUCAGGGAAACCGACGUUGGGACCGCGGUCAAUUACAAAACAGUUCUGACAUUUUAGCGUAUGUUUAAGGUUUAAUUUUCCCUGUCACAUUCUAACAAUGCACAGAAAAGUUGUUAUACCAGUUAGAAACAUUGUCCCAAGUGACUGAAUAUACCACCGAUAACACUCUGCUUCGUCGUUUAAUUGAUGACUCAAUACAGAUUAAAACCAUUUCACAAAAAGUAUAGCCUUGACCUUUAGCUCCUUUAUCUGCUAAAGAAAAAUAUGGAUUGACUUA